ACCUCACUCCAGUUUUUCACCCUUCGAGGUGAACAAGAUGUAUCAACAAUGAGUUAGCGGAACUAACGGAGAUGAAUAUUGAUAAGAUUUGUAUUGUGUGCAAUCGAAUUCAGCUUUGUCAGUUAUCAGACAGAUGCAAGCAACAGCAUCAGAUGAUGAUGAGAUGCUCAUUACACAACUUCCGAUGGUCUGUUCACAGCUUUAACACUUACAACGAACCCCAGUACAGGCUGGCGUACUCUUUAAAGUAGAACUAAAGUGUUUCUGUAUUUGUAAUGAAGAUUUUUGUUCUGUAAUUUUUCAAAGCAUACAACAAGGAAUGAAGAAAAUUAGGUUCGUUGUGUUGGUUCUCCUGCUCGCAUUGAGGAUAAGAGACAGUCAAUCUAUUGGUCAGACGGGAGGCUUACCAACCAAUAAUGCUAGUGUCAUGGCCACUCCCUCUGGUACCUCCUUGUCCAUAAUGAAGACAGGCGAUAUCUCUUCUCACUCCUCUUCUAUGGAAACUGGCACAAUAAAUUCCUCUUCAGUGACCUCAUCGUUAAAAAAUGUGCAGUUCGGAGUUAGCUCAGCGACUCCUUCUCCAGUGAAGGUAAGCACCAGAAACACUUCUUCAGUUGACACCCCUUCAGCUAUCCAAUCAACUGAAAUUGUUACUAGAAAAACUGAACCAGAAACCCCAGUAUCGAGAACCUCAGCAUUGGGGAAUUCAGUGUCAGGGACAUCAGUGUCUGUGGUCUCCGGCUUAGGAGGUCAGCCAUCAAGUUUUUCGUCUUUCGUAGCCUCGUCCUCGGGAUCCACAAGCCACUCGUUUACAGGAACUGUUCCCACUGCAACAAAGGCAGAGGAUAUCCCUUUGAGUUCUUCUUUCAGAGACAACUCCUAUGUGACUAAUGAAGCCACACCUUCGUCCUUCCCUAAAGCAGACUCGAAAAACCUAAGUGAAUCUCCAUCCUUGACUUUGCACAACUCGACACUUCUUGGCGAUAGUGCCAGCUCCACCCCUGCUUCCGGUACUGGUGAGACUUCCGGUGUUGCUCAGGAGCUUCAGAGCUUUUUGUCUUUGUUAGGAAUAGUAUCGGGCAACUCCAGCAGAUCCAUGACAGCCGAAUUUCUGCCCUCGCUGAUGAAUAGCGGCAUUUUGCUUCAGAACACUUUGCAGAAGCUCAGUCUCGUGACUCAAGACCUACAAUUAUCAAUACACUGCGCGGCGGACCUUGCAGCCUUCCAGACGGGACUUCAAAAGGGGGAACCUUGGACCUUACAAAUGAUAGACGCCAUGGGAAAACCACAGGCAGGUAUACUGCUAGGGGAGAAAACACUUGUGGGACAGUAUGACGAAUGUCGGGGGAUUUCCCAAAAGAUGAAUGAUGGUGUGAUCGAGGGGCUGUUUUGUACUCUUCAAGUGAAGAUGGACUUUUCCAGUCUCGGUGGUCAACUGGCUCUUCUGAGCCAAGUCCUCGGCACCGUAUUCGUUGACAUCUGUCUUCCGGCUUCAUGUAGAGACGACGUGGGCCUGCUGGCGACAGACGUAGCUGACGCCUUUGGACAAAAAGUUCUUGGGACGACCUGCGUCGCGCCCAAGGAUCCUACUGGUGACCAACUAUUCUGGGUCACCAUAGGGAUCAUCGCCUUCCUUGGCCUCCUUGGAGCGUGUGGCACAGCCUACGGCGUUCGCCUCAAAGGGAGCGACAAAGGGGCGACAACACAAAGCACGGCGAGGACGGCGCACUCAUAUAUCAAUAUGGCUUUUAAUGGGGAAACACACACCAGUGGAAGAACCACAUUACAGGAAGUAAUGGUUGAAGACAAGAAUCCCUCACCUACGGUAACUUCCAGUCCCGAACCAGUGGAGUCCGGGGUCAUCAGAUCCAGAGGUCUGUGUUCCAAACUGCUGUUGAGUUUCUCGGUACUAGAAAACGGCAAAAAGUUGCUAAGCUUUGAGAGAGGUCAAGGUGACCUGUCCUGCCUUCACGGCAUCCGGGUCAUUACCAUCACGUGGGUCAUCCUGGGUCACUGCUUUUCCGCUCCACCUGGCACAACAGCCAACUCAGUAGGAAACACAGCAGCCGUGAUGACCAUGAUACAAGACUGGACAAUGACACCUUUAGUCAGUGGAACUCUUUCUGUUGAUACCUUCUUCCUUUUAAGCGGUUGCCUGACAUCCUACCUGUUCUUACGACAGGCACAGAAGGCUGGCGGCAUCACGUGCAGGAACAUGAUUCUGUACUACGUGCACCGAUUCUGGAGGCUGACACCUUUGUAUAUGAUGACUAUCAUGUUUUAUGCCGGAAUAAUGCCAUACCUUAUGAGCGGUCCCUACGACAACUCGCAAACAGCUGCCGUGACGAACUGCAAGAAGUACUGGUGGGCUAACCUUCUCUAUGUCAACAACAUUGUUACGAUGAAGAAACUGUGUCUGGGCUGGAGCUGGUAUCUGUCUGAUGACAUGCAGUUCUAUGUCAUUGCCCCCAUUAUUCUCGUGCCAUGGGUAUUCGGGAAAAGGACUAUCGGGAUUCUUAUCUGCAUUGCUAUGAUCAUCGUUCACAUCGUCACAAACUCCAUUUUUAUCACAAGAGAUCAUCUACAAUAUCUCUAUGGAAAUACUCAGAUGGACUAUAUGACAGAAGUCUACUUUCCUCCCUGGACCCGUGUUGCUCCAUUUGUACUCGGUGUCCUCCUGGGCUACAUGCUGCACUCCACUGGAUGCAAGUACAAAAUGCAGCGGCUUCUCGUCCUGUUAGGGUGGCUCUCGGCAGCUGGGGUAGGUCUGACCGCUGUUUACACUCAGUUUGAUAAUGUCAAAGAUGUGGACAAGACUCUGCACCUGGCCUGGGACUCAAACCAGUUUGCCGUGUACGAGGCUCUCAGUCGACCAGCGUGGGCAUGCGCAGUGGCUUGGGUCGUACUGGCUUGUUGCACAGAUCAUGGAGGCUUUGUAAACACCUUCUUGUCCUGGAGGGGCUGGGCGCCUCUGUCACGGCUGACCUACGGGGCCUACCUGUUCCACCUCAUCACAUUCUGUGUCAUCAUGGGCAACAAAAUCGCACCUUUCCAUCUUUCCUCCUGGACUGUGGCCGAGCUAACCAUCUCUGUCACGGUUCUAACCUACAUGGUGUCCUUCGUCUUCUCGCUGUUGGUGGAGUCGCCUACUCUUGGCCUCGAGAAGGCGCUGCUUGGUGGCGCUGGUAACAGAAAACAUUAGAGUCGCCUGCUGUAUGCAUCAGAGACACAUCUCAUCAGUUUUACCUUUUUGUCACAUAAAGUUUUACCAAGAUAUUUACUGAAGAAGCAAACAUUGUUGUUGACCUCAGCAGCCAUAUCGGUCUCUUUCAUCUGUGUUGAUAACUCUUUUGAUAACUUUCACGCCAAACGACGAUGAAAACUAUCAAUGUAAUUUUCAGAUGCCUCGAAUUAUUAACGACAGGUUUAAAUGUCAUUUUACUUUUGCUUCUUUAUCUGUAUAUAAUAAAACCAUAUCAUAGGGGGAAAAUGUAAAUAUCAAUCCUCAUUUGUUGCUGCUACUGAUGGUAUAUUUUACAUAAUAAUUUGUGGCAAAGAAGAAAGAUGAGAAAGCAACUUUGAUUGGUUGUAAUGCAAAAAGUUCUGACCAUAAAGGAUAAAAUAUUGCUCGUUCAAGGUAUAUCAUUAUUCAAUUCUGCCAUAUCGGGAUACUAUUAUAUUGCAAAUAUUUUGAAGCAUAUCAAUAAAUUAGAGACUAGAAAGUCUAUAAUUG